GGGCCGUCCCGACUGGGCUGUCCCAAGCACCAGUUUUCAUUUCUCCACGAUGCGCGCAGCUGUGAUCGCAUCGUACCUCGGCCUUUUGGUCGCGUCCGCGGUCCACGGUGCCUGCUCAGCGUUUGACGAGAACACCGAUUACCCGGGCAACGACAUUGGCACGACCAACCAAGCCAAACCGGAAAACUGCUGCGCCGACUGCGCCGCCUUUAGCGGUUGCAAGGCGUACGUCUGGGUGCCACGGGACGGUGGCGUCUGCUUGCUCAAGAGCGAGGCCAGCGGCAAGUACCCGGCGCAAGGCGCCCGUGCCGCGACGCUUCUUACGUCCGCGCCGUCGCUCACGGGGUCCUGCCCGACGCCCGAGGCCAACACCGAUUACCCCGGGAACGACCUCGGUCGCACUCAACGGGCGUCCAUGGACCUCUGUUGCAACGACUGCGAGGCCACGAAGGGCUGCGCCCGCUACGUCUACUACAACGGCGACUGCAUUCUCAAGUCGGCGGGUGGCACUAAGAGCUCGUUUCCCGGUGCGACCGCCGCGUCGUUUGUUCCCAAAGGGUCGACGCCCGCGCCGCCCGUAGCGCCGACAUCGGCACCGGCAACUGGCAAGUGCUCGGCGUUCGAAGACAACACCGACUACCCCGGCAACGACCUUGGCACGACCUACCAAGCCAAGGCCGAGAACUGCUGCGCCGACUGCGCCGCUUUGAACGGUUGCAAGGCGUAUGUGUGGGCGCCGCGGGACGGCGGAGUUUGCUUGCUCAAGAGCGCUAGCAGUGGCAAGUCCUACGCCGAGGGAGCUCGUGCCGCGACGAUGGUCGUCUCCGUGCCACCGCUCACCGGCUCGUGCCCCGUUGUCGAGGCCAACACGGACUAUACGGGCAACGACCUCGGGCGCACCCAGCGCGCAUCCAUCGACCUCUGCUGCAACGACUGCGAGGCGACCAAGGACUGUGCCCGUUUUGUCUACUACGGCGGCGAGUGCAUUCUCAAGACCGGCGGCGGCACCAAGAGCUCGUUUCCCGGUGCAACCGCCGCGUCCUUUGUCCCGAAGGGCAGUGGCAACACCACGACGCCGGCACCGACGCCGGCGACCGACGGCACUUGCUCGGUGAUCGAGGAAAACACCGACUACGUCGGCAACGACAUUGGCACGACCAACCGCGCCAAGGCCGAAGACUGCUGCGCCGACUGUGUUGCCAACCCCGACUGCAAGGUCUACGUCUGGUCCCAAGGCGUGUGCAUUCUUAAGAGUGCCAACACGGGCAAGACGUCGUCGCCGGGGGCCCGCGCCGCGACGGUCCGAGCGCGUAUCCCGACGGCACCACCGAUGGUCGGGUGUCCGGCGAUCCAGGAUGACGUCGACUACCCUGGCAACGAUUUGACGACGACGUACCAAACGGCCGCCGAGUUUUGCUGCGCCGACUGCACUGGGACGCCCGGGUGCCGUGGGUUUGUCUGGAGUGCCAUGUCGGGCGCCUGCCGCCUCAAGACCGCUGUCGGGUCGCCCGUCAAGUCUGUUGGUAACCGCGCGUCGAUUCUUCCGCGCCUCAACACGGCCACGUGCUCGGACUUUCAAAACGACGUCGACUACCCCGGCAAUGACAUUGGUUCGACGAGCCGGGCGUCGGCCGCCGACUGCUGUGGGGACUGCGCCGAAUUCAACGGGUGCACACUGUAUGUGUGGUCCAACGACUUUGGUGGCACUUGCUACUUGAAGAGCGCCAAGUCCGACCCGUCGCCGUUCCCGGGUGCGAAAGCCGGUGUUUACACGCGGUCGGUGGCACCGGUGCCCGUCGUAACACCGGCGCCGGCACCGUCGGCCAUCAAAACGAGCGUCUUUGGCUCGUACCCGUCGCCGUCGGUCGCGUUUGCGUACGUUCCCAACAUGCAAUGGAUCCCGAGCUCCAAGCUCGAAGCCGGCGACAUUGGCGACAUUGACAUUCUCAAGCCGUUCCCGCUGCCGUCGCCCGCCGAAAUGAUGGCGGCCCACGACGCCAAGCCCAAGCCGCUCCUCGAAGAAGGCACCAACACGCUCUACUUUCCGCUGGCGCAGUCGGUGGGCGAGUGCGCCGUCAUGACGAGUUCGUCCGGGUACGCCUUCUUCACGUACGUUCCGUCGACGCAAAUCUGCGUCGUCCACAACUUUGCGUCGCCGACAACGACGACGUUUGCCUUGUUCCCGACGCAGUCGCCCAUGGUGCUCUCCCAAGCCGUGCCGCAAGACUUUCAACUCGGUGUCGACACCAACCCGUCGUCGACGCUCGCCGGCUGCCAAGCCGGGUGCAGCAGCCUCGCAGCGUGCGCAGCCGUGACGUACACCGACAAGACGUGCACGUUCUAUGGCCCGGCGCCCGCCAAGCAAGCUGGUAUCCUCGCCGGGUGGGUCUCGGACCCGAUCUCGUGGAACGAAGUGCCCAACAGCAUGCAGUACCUCACGAUGCCGUCGCGGUCGUUGGAUUUGACCAAGUACACGACGCAAGUGGCGACGACCGCCAAGACUGUCGGCGACUGCGCCUUGGCCGCACAGCAGAAGAAGCUACCGCUCUUCAGUUUCGAAAUCAGUGCGAAGAAGUGUACGCUUGUCAAGGCCGCGAGUGCGGCGGCAACGACAUCGACGCUGCUAGUCAACUACCCAGCGUCGCCGGUCGUUCUCUCAAGCGCGGCUUUUGCGACCGGGUUGACCAAGACGGCGGUGGCCAACAUGGCGUCGGCGGCCGACUGCCACAAGGCCUGCGUCCCGUCAGCAUCGGGCUGCCUUGGCACGACGUUUGACGCGGCCGCCAAGCGCUGCGAGCUCCUCAUUCCGGCGUAUGCACCAACCACGACGCUCGGCUGGAUCGCCGCAAGCUCACUGCCCACCGGUGCGGUCUCGCCGUCGUCCGUGCACAUGUAUGUCAACGCGCACCAAGACGACCACGAGCUCUUCAUGUCGGCCAACUUGUACGACAGCUUUGCGUCCACGUCCACCAAGAUCGUCAUGAUCUACAUGUCGGCGGGCGAUGCCGGUGCGCGCGACGGGUGGUACCAGGCGCGCGAAGCUGGCACGUUGGCGUCGGCGCAGUCGUUUGUCAAGCUCUUUGGCCUCUACAAUCCCGUACGCAAGACCGAGAUCAUGACGUUUUUGGGCCACCAGAUCACCAAGGUGACGCUCGGGAACGCCGUCCACUACUUUUUGCGGCUGUCCGAAGACGGCAUGUCGAAUCUGCCGAACAACAAGGCUGCGUCGCCCAUGGACCGUCCGAGCGAGUCGUAUGCCAACGUCGCGGCGCUCCGGUCGGUGGUCGUCGGCCUCAUGAAGUCUGAAGCCAAGGGCAUUGGCAACGCUGUCGUCAACUCGCAGCAGUUUAAAGAUGUCGACCACGUCUUGCAUGCGAUGGCCGGUCAAAUUGUCUUUGAUGGCGUCGCCGGUGACGCGACCUUGAGCAAGUGCUUGACGCAAAACUACUUUUGGGGCUACCAGCGCUGGCUCGACACGAUCAACAUGAAGGACCCGUCACUCUCGUCGCAGCGCAGUAUGUGGUGGGCGCUGCACAAGGCCAUCGUCAAGGUGUACCCCAACAACUCGCCGUGGUACGACCAUUGCCAAUCGCUCGGCCGCCAGUACUUGGCCCUCAACGUUGCCGGGUCCGGCAAGUGCUAAGACCAAAUAAUACUGUGUGACAUCAUUUCUUUGUACAAAA